UGAACAUCGACAAUGCAUGCUUGCCAUUGCCGAUCCUGAGCCUGACUCUGCUCCCAUUCUAUCACUGCGGCAGCCUGUCACUAUGAACGCUACUCCCAUUCGACUGGAUCCGCAACCUUCGCAUGCGGAACUCGCCCGCUUAUGCGACAAGUAUCCCGUGUCGAUGGAGUCGGAACGAACGAUGGAAUACGGAACGGCGGGAUUCCGCUACGACGCCGCCGUCUUACCACCCGUCAUGGUGCGGGUUGGCAUACUGGCAACCUUGCGGGCGUUGGAAACCGCUAGCGGCUAUCACGUCGGCGUCAUGGUAACCGCUAGUCACAACGACGAGAGCUACAACGGCGUCAAAAUUGCGGAUCCGGACGGUGGCAUGAUGAAUGCACAAGGCGAACGUUUGGCUGUCUAUCUCGCCAACGAACGCAACACGGAUGCUCUCGUGCAGUACUUUGUCGCACAACAGGCCAAGUACACUACAGAGAAGCGUAUCCACUCCGGUAACGCUGCGACAGAACCUGUUGUGGUGCACGUGGGACGAGAUACUCGUUCUCAUUCUCCUUUUUUGACUUGUUUGGUCGUCAAGGCCGCCCGUGCCUGCGGAGCCCUCGUGCUGGAUCACGGCGUUGUCACGACACCCAUGCUACACCACGCCGUCCUACACGCCAAUCACGUCAAAUUCUUGCCGAAACUCAUUCCGCAUCGACCCCACGUUGACGGAUACCAGCGACUCUUGAUCGACUCCUACCGUGCCCUCCUCGCGACUACCGACAAUCAAGCUCCACUACAGCGCUCGCUUCUAGUGGAUUGUGCCUGUGGCGUAGGAUAUAUUGGACUCGAAGCCUUACUACAAACACUUGAUCAACAAUCCUCGGGAUUCGGCUCGUCCACGACAAUCGUUCCAACCAACGGUCCCGAUUCGGGUGGACCCCUCAACGAGUCCUGUGGUUCGGAAUACGUGCAAAAAAUGAUUAUUCCUCCGACUUGGUACGAUGCCGACCUUUUUACCAGUGCCACCACAUCGGAAGGUAGGGCCAUCAAGCCAGCAUCCGUCGACAAGUCGUACUGUGCCGCUCUAGACGGCGACGCGGAUCGGAUCGUCUUCUUUUCCGAAGGAGGCCACGGCUCCGACUUUUUUCUCUUGGAUGGCGACAAAAUUGCUUGCUUGUUGUGCGAUUUUGUCGGCAACGAACUCGGCAUUCUACAAAAGGCCGUACCGUCGAUCUCGUUCUUGUCGCUCGGUGUGGUACAAACAGCCUACGCCAACGGCGCGUCAACGGCCUAUCUUGAACAAAAACUCGGGAAAGCCAACGUGGCCAUUGCCAAGACGGGCGUCAAACACGUACACGCAGCGGCGCACCAAUUCGACAUUGGUGUCUACUUUGAAGCCAAUGGGCAUGGGACCAUUGUCUUUGGAGAUCGGUACUACGAUGCGCUCAACGAGGCGGCCGCGUUUCUUUCAACGGCAGUGCAGGACACGGUUGCAACAAGAGCGCUUCGCCGGUUAGAAACCCUACCACGCUUGGUCAAUCAAGCCGUCGGGGAUGCCUUGUCGGACCUAUUACUGGUCGACGCCAUUUUGACGCUCCGACGCUGGACAUUGGCCGAAUGGAACGCCAUGUACCAAGACUUGCCGUCACGGCAGGACAAGAUUCGCGUCCAAGAUCGCAGUAUAAUUCAAACGAACGACAACGAAACACGUUGUCUCGCUCCCGCAUCCGUGCAACCCCGACUCGACGAGCUGGUGCAGCAACACCCGAGUGGUCGUUGCUUUAUUCGUCCUUCGGGAACCGAAGAUGUGGUACGCAUUUAUGCGGAAGCUGCGACCCGCGAGGCUGCCGACACACUCUGUCAAGCGGCGGCGCGUGUCGUUCACGAUGAGUGUCAAGGCGUGGGUGAGCCGCCUUCAAUACAGAGUCGGAUGUAG